UGCAAAAAGCUCUUAAAAAACAUGGGUUAUCUUCAACCUUUGAUCUUCUUUGUUCUGGUAGCUUUUCCUUUCAUGUUUAUUUCUCCAUCUCUUUCCUCUUUAGAUCAUGAUCAUGUUACUUUGUCACUUUACUAUGAAACCUUAUGCCCAUAUUGUGCCUCCUUUAUCUCAAAUGACCUUGUUAAGGUCUUCCGGACUGAUCUGUAUACCAUUGUCAAUCUAAGAUUGGUCCCUUGGGGCAAUGCUGACGUUGUUGGCGAUACGAUCCGUUGCCAGCAUGGAGAAGAUGAAUGCUACUUAAAUGCUAUAGAUAGCUGUGUCAUUCACUUGUGGCCUGACGUGAAAAAGCACUUCGAUUUCAUACGCUGCACGGAGGAACAAAGGUUAAGUGAGGUGCCAGUUAACAGCAAAGAAGCAAUGUGGAGAAAUUGCAGUGAUCAACUGGGAUUGAGAGCAGACAUGAUAAACAAGUGCUAUACUACUGGACUUGGAAUUAAGCUUCUGCUACGAUACGGUAACGAGACUGCAAAUCUCAAUCCACCUCAUGAAUAUGUUCCAUGGGUGGUGGUGAAUAAUCAUGCACUCAAAGAUGACUUCGAGAAUUUUGUGAAAUAUGUCUGUGAUGCUUAUCAAGGUGAUCCUAAACCAGAGGCUUGCAAAACACAAUCAUCCAGCGUCGGCUCGACCCUCGAUAAGAUCGCAAAAAAUAUCCAUCAAGGCUGCUAUGCUAGUGAAUUUUUACAAACUUGAAAUAGAUCCUUAAAAGAGGUCAUAGCUUCUGCUUUGUCCGAUGCAGCUGCUUCACCAUUCACCAUUCACAAACUAUAAUAAAAUCAGCUGCUAGUUAUGAUUAUAUGAGACAUGUAACAGCUGAUAUGUUUCUAUUA